AUGAUUGGUUUCCGCCCCCACCUCUCCACACAAGACGUCCUCUUGCAACUCCACCACGACCUUCUCGAUCCGCCCACCUUCUCGGACGCUAAGGCUCUCCUUAGCCUCGACCUUCACAAGGCGUUCGACAACGUCUCCCAUUUGGCUAUUCUUACCGAACUCGCCACCAUCAACCCUGGCUCUCGCACCUACCACUACAUUCGCUCCUUCCUCACGGCCCGCACGGCCGAAAUCAUCGUGGGAGAUCUCUCGUCUCCCACGUAUGCACUGGUUCUCGUGCUCGACCGUAUCCCCGAUCUCAAACACACCCUGUACGCGGACGACGUAACUCUUUGGGUCACGUCUGGCUCCGACGGGCACAUUGAGCAGACGUUGCAACGCGCAACUGACGUCGUCACGAGUCACGUGCACGCGGCCGGUCUCGCUUGCUCGGCGGCCAAAUCGGCCCUCCUCCUCAUGCGGCCCCCCGACCGGCGUCGCCACAAGACGCCUCACCCCACCAUCACGAUUCACGCCAAUUCUACUCCCGUUCCCGUCGUCUCGCAUCUCCGGGUGCUCGGGCUGAUAGUACAGUCAAACCGCCAUAAUGCUCACACCAUCGACCAGCUCUCGCUUUCGGUUCAGCAAACCGCGCGCAUGCUCGCUCGUGUCCGAGCGCGGCGCAUCGGCAUGCGCGAACACGAUCUCCUCCGCCUAGUCGACGCUUUCGUCGUUUCCCGUCUCACGUACGGCCUUCCUUAUACGCGUCUUCUCAAAUCGGAACGCGACAAGGUCGACGUCCUCAUCCGCCGUGCAUACAAGACUGCUCUCGGCCUUCCCCCCAACGCGUCCACGGCGCGUCUCCUCCGCCUGGGAGUCCACAACACGCUCGACGAACUGAUCGAAGCUCACCGCACCGCUCAGGUGCAACGCCUUCAUCGUUCGCCGACCGGUCGCUACAUCCUCUCUUCCAUCGGUCAUGACACGUCUUCUCACCCACCGGACCUGGUCUCACUACCGCAUGCUCUUCGGGCAGCCUUUUCCAUCAAGCCGCUAGCCAAGAAUAUGCUCGCGGGACACCACGACGCCCGUCGCCAAGCCCGUGCGGCCAUGCUUCACGCCAAGUACGCCGACCACCCGGCCAUCGCCUACGUGGAUGCGGCCCGAUACGCCUCGCCCGGGGACGCCUUCGCAGUCGUCUCCGUCUCCCCCUCCUCGGCACCCUCGGCACCCUUGGGGCCGAUAAUCACGGCCGCCACCGUUCGAGCGCCCUACGUCGUCGAGGCUGAGGAGGCGGCCAUCGCUUUAGCCGCCACCUCGACCGACGCCAGCGUCAUACUCUCCGACUCCAAGCACGCCAUCUCCAAUUUGGCCCGAGGUCUCGUCUCGCCUACCACCUUACGGCUCCUUCGCCCACUUCUACUGGAGGACGAACCGUGUCACAUUGAACUGGUCUGGGUUCCCGCCCACUCGGGUCACCCCGGCAACGAGUCGGCUCACCAACACGCUCGAGGAUUCGUCGACCGAGCGGUGGGCCCCUCCGCGUCGGACGCCCCGGUGCCGGAGCCCCUGGUCACCUACCACGACAUUACCCAGCACUAUCGCCUCGAACGGUACGCCUACCCACCCCCACAUGGCAGUCUUCCCAAGCGGUCCGAGAUCGCCUGGCGUCGCCUCCAGACCCGCACCUUUCCGUGCCCGCUAGUGUAUUCGCACAUCCACCCUGGUGUCAUUGAUCCACGCUGCUGCCUGUGCGGCGACGUUGCCUCCUUAAACCAUAUCCUCUGGGGCUGCCCGGAAGACCCCCCGCCAACCGACCUCGUCUCGCCACCCCCCACCGACGAACAAUGGGAGGCCCUUCUCUCCAGCACCGACCGAGACAUCCAAACACGGGUCCUGGCACGAGCUGAAGACUCCAUCGUGAUGCACAGCCUGGAAGCCUACGUAGCUUAG